AUGUCAAGCGCAUCGACAAGCUCGGCGGCUUCCGGCGCCCUGCUGGCGCGGCAGCUGAAGCAAAUGCAGUCAGCCAAGGACCUACCCGGCAUCUCGUGCGGCUUGGUAAACGACAAUAAUGUCUUCCAGUGGGAGGUCAUGUUAAUGAUCAACGACGGCUGCAAAUACUACGGCGGAGGCAACUUCCGCGCACAUCUCACCUUCCCCCCGACGUACCCCCUCAUGCCCCCAAAGAUGGUGUUCCAAACACCGAUACCGUUCCAUCCCAACAUCUACCCCAAUGGCGAGCUCUGCAUCAGCAUUCUGCACCCGCCCGAGGAGGACAAGUACGGCUACGAGGCGGCCAGCGAGAGGUGGAGCCCCGUGCAGACGCCCGAGACCAUUCUGCUCAGCGUGAUCAGCCUGUUCGAGGACCCUAACGACGAGAGCCCCGCGAAUGUCGAGGCCGCAAGGAUGCUGCGUGACGAGCGGGAGGGGAACAACAAGGACUUUAGGAGGCGGUGCCGGAAGUGCGUGAGGGAGAGCUUGGGGGAGGAUUAA